AUGACGAAAAGUAAAGGGGAACGUCUCUACCGAGCUUGCAUCCGCUGCAGGCAGCGGAAAACGAAAUGUGAUCUAUUGCCGCCUAACGGAGUUAGACAAUACACCAACGAAUAUAAUUAUUAUCCCUGUUCAAAGUGCUUUUCCGAGGGACAUAGAUGUGUUAUUGCAACUUCGCGACGAGGUGGUGAUUACUCUCGGUUUCGUGUCCGCAAAUCCCAGAAACAGAGAGUGGAGGAGCUUCGAGAAUGCGAUCGCUCGGAGCACACCAUUGAACCCAGAGGUGUAGAUUCGGCCAAUACAGAGACUGCGGUAGCAGACCACAAUCUUGGGGGUAUUCAAAAUCCGCUCGAGGCUCUUCAGAUUCUCGCACAGACGGCUUCAACAGAAAGAAAUGCGGAAAAGAGAAAAAAGUCAAUGUCUCAAGUCCACACUAAUCAGAUGUCUGCGAGAGAAGAGAGUAAUGCCCAUGGUGGCCCUUUAACUCAUUCACCAAAGGACUCUCCGAGUCUCCUCACCAUGGGACUAGAAGGGUUGCAUGCAAGAAUAUCGCAGUACAUGGAAAAGCUAAUCCUGCGAGUGGUGUUAGGUACUGUCAGUGUUCGGCAUGUUGGCUCCGUGGAAGGACUGCUGCUCUUGGCCGAGUGGGUUCCACAUAUCAGUGCCGAGGAAUGCGCAAGGGAUGCUGCAGCCAACAACGGUUCAUCGCACCAAGUUCGAGUGACUGCAGAAGAUAGUGUUUCAUGGAAUCUCAUUGGGCUGGCGGUCCGCCAAGCUUAUUUGCUACAUCUGGAAAGGUACUCCUUCCGAGGUGAAUCCAAGGAUGAGGAUAAGUUGGACUAUCAUCGCAAUAGACUGGCAUGGAUUUUUACGUACCUUGCCGAUCGUCAGAUUUCUAUACAGAUGGGACAAGCAUUCUGGUGUCGCGGACCUGGAUUAUCUACUCGGUUCACGAUCGAAGACUACCCCUAUCUACGACCCCAAAAGGCAAAUGGGGUGGAUUAUGCAAGUUUUGUCCAGGCUCAAGUUGAGUUAACUACUAUUUUUGGGAAUAUCCAUGAUAUCCUGUACGCAUCUAAAACUCGCACUGUACAGCUUAUGCUCAUGGGCGACUACACCAAAUAUCUCGAUGAUAGCUCCAAGGCACUAGCCAUGUGGAAAGAGGCCUGGGUCAAUGUCGAUCUACCUCCUCACCUAACGGGUCUCCUGUGUCUCCAGUUCGAGUAUCUUCGUCUUUACAUCAACGCGUUUGCUUUCCAGGCGGUUCUUUACCGAACACCCAAAGGUUCUGCUGGAUCUGAUAGUGGAAAGACCUCGUACUUCCCCUAUAGCGUCAUGGCGAGCGCUGAUGGUAGACAUAUCUAUAUUGCUAUUGAUGCAGCCAAAAGCGUGCUCAAGUAUCUUAUGGACCGGUUGAACCCCACAAAGCACCUUAGAUAUAUUCCUAUCCGGUUCUAUCUAUACGAAAUACAUGCUUCAGUCUUCCUCUUUAAGGCGCUGACUGUUGGGGCUUUAAGUUUGGAGGAACAACAGACCUGUACGACACUAGUUCGCCAAUUCAUCGCCAUGCUCAAAAGUGCCGCUACAAGCACAUCACACAUCGCCUCCAGAUACAGCAAGUUGCUCACAGGUCUGUGGUUCCAGGGACAAACCACACCUGAGAUAGGAGACGAGUUUGUUCAGUCGAGGUACUCGGCGCAACACCCGCUGCCGAGCCCCAUAGACCUCGACGAAUUUACAAAUACGUCCGCGACGGAUAGUACAGGCCCUUUCCAGGUUGAGUUCUCCACCCAACAGGUAUUAUCGUUCCUGGAGCCAACUGAAGGUUUGGAAUGCCCUGACACUUUCUUAUCCAACUUACCGUUUCUUCGCGGCGGAUUCCCUGACUUAGAUAACCAUGGCGUGGGGCAGCUUUUGAUGGAUUUGUAA